AUGGCCUCGGACAGUAUGCGCAUCUUCGCAACACUCGCCGUCGACAUCCUGACCCAACGAUGGACAAUCCUUGCUGCCAUUGUCGUCCUGGCUCUGGCACUUCGACCGAGCAGAGGCGGACCACCCCGCAUCCCAGAGCGCGUCCCAUUCGUUUCCAACGCCAUCGCCUUCAUGACCGAUCCUGCAGGCUUCCUCGACCGUGUCUCGCUGUUUCUCAAUCUCACGUCAACGAGCGUCGCCACUUUCUUCGUCGGUCUAAUGCCCAUCACCCUCGUGCGUGGGCCCGCUGCUGUGCAGCCUCUCUUCCGCAACGCCGACGUGCUGUCGCCGGACAAGUUUCUCCUCCAAAUAUUCGAACACGUCAUGGGAAUGACAAAGAAUGACAUUGCCAUCUAUCGCAGAGACGGAUCAGCUCGCGGGAGCACGCCGAGGAAAGGCUGGGAGGACUUUCCUGCUGUGCAGAGGGUCUGGCACCGGCAAACUCAGGUUGUCCACUCUCUGCUCGGGCAAACAACACCCACGAUCGGUUUGAUGCGAUGGUAUGGAAAGUUCUUCGAUCAGGGAAUCGAAGAGGCGAUACCUACGAUCGGGCGCUGGGAAAGCGUUCGCCUCAUCGACUUUAUCAAGCGCGAAAUGGCCUUGGCGGCCACCAGAGCAGUGACCGGCACGGAAAUUGUCGAGACGAACCCAGACCUGGUGGAAAAGUUUUGGGCUUUCGACAGCGUGGCACUCAGCCUCAUGUACGGGACACCCGCUUGGUGGGAUCCGCGGCCUGCCCGGAUUAGAGACGAGACCAACGGCCUCCUCAAGCACCAUCUUCGACGCGCUCUUGCCAAGACGGAACUCGACGGCUCCAAGAUUGUACGUCCCGAUGGCAGCUGUGAAGACCCUGACUGGGAACCGGUCAUGGGCAGCCGAUACCACCGCGCUAUCACGGCUUUUGGCCAGUCAGCGGGCCUUUCCGAACAAGGUCUUGCUGCCAACACACUCUUGGUGCUGUUUGGUCUCAAUUCGAAUUCGAUUCCCAUCACCAUUUGGGCCAUCUUUGAGCUCGUGAAAGAUCCAGAGCUCUUUGCAGCCGCGCGGAAGGAGGCAGAUUCAGUAAUCGUCAAGGACAACGACGGGAAGAAGUACAUCGACAUACUCAAGCUCGCCAAGUUGCCUCUCCUCCAGGCCAUCUACCUCGAAUGCAUGCGCCUCCAUGUCCUUAUCAGCAUUACGCGUGAAGUUGUCCAAAAGACAACAAUCUGCGGCUAUGAACUUCCGCGUGGGCGCAUGGUGCAGGCGCCCACAAGCCUCGCGGGGCUGGACGAAGGUGUUUGGGCACGCGACGGACACCCCGCAACCGAGUUCUGGCCGGGGCGUCAUAUCAGAACCAAUGACCAAGGACAUGAGGAGUUUGUGUUCACUGCCAAGUCAAGCGAGUUCUUCCCCUACGGUAGGUGUCUGUCCGCUUGCGAUUGCUUGUUUGCCACGCUGACAGCCUAG